AUGCGUGUCAACCCUUUUCUUCUUCUUUUCCAUAACGUGGCAUUUGUCAGCGGGCUUUCCUACCAGCUGGCGUCCACUGUUCCUUGGACACCGAAGAACGCAACCAGCGUUGAUCAGGGUGCCGUGUAUAACGGCACAUACUACUUGGCUGAUCGCACGAACAGCGUUGUUCACGUCGUUGAUCUAGCCACCAGCAAGGAGAAGACCAGUAUCACCGGCUUCAUCGGUCAACGCUUCACCAAAAACAAGACCGAUUCCUCGAUAUCUGGACCUGAUGGGCUUGUCGUUCUGCCUGACCGCAACGAAUUGUACAUCGGGGAUGGAGAUGGCUCUGUCAAAGUCGUGGAUUUGUUCAAGAAUACCAUUAUAGCCAAUAUCUCGACCGGCUCCAAGAAGCGGGCCGACGAGUUUGCUUAUAACCCUCAAACCCAGACUAUCGUUGUCACAAGCCCCAAUGAUGUCCCACCAUUUGUGACUGUCAUCUCCGCAAGCCAGCGAAAGGUCCUCGGUAGUAUUGCAUUCAAAAAUGCAUCUGGUCUCGAGCAACCCGCCUGGAAUCCCACCAACGGGAAAUUCUAUGUUUCCGUCCCCAGCACUGACGCCAACCCAGGCGGCGAAAUCGCCGAGAUUGACGUCUCAGCAAUGGCUAUCGCCAAGGUUACCCCACUAUCUGAAUGUGUCCCGGCAGGUAUCGUCUUUGGGCCACAGGAGAACCUCUUUGUCGCUUGUAGCCAAGACCAGAUCCUGACCUACGGAACUGCCUUCAGCCAAGUGCUCGAUAUGUCAACCGGCAAGGUGCUGGCUAAUAUAUCCGGCAUUGCUGGUGUUGACCAAGUUGCAUACAAUCCAACCACGAUGCUCUAUUAUGCUUCGGCUUAUCAGAAUCUUGCUGGUGGCAGCAAGACUGGUGCCCCGUCGCCCGAGGUGGGAAUCAUCGAUGCAAAGACCUACACUCUUAUUCAAACUCUGAAGACAGACAAUGUCACCGCUCACUCAGUGGCAAUCGACACUAGCUCAAACCAGAUGGUUAUCCCUCUGACACACUCCGGAAUAGCCCUGUAUAGUCUUUCAACGGCCAAUGCCACCAGUGGAAACACAUCGAGCACUGCAACAGCGACGCACGCCAGCUCAAGUGCGACCAAGACAAGUGGUGGCGUCAGCAACUAUGCUCGUUUCUCUAUCUACUAUCUGAGUGCCCUGAUUCUGGGGGUCGGAUUUCUUGGGUGA